AUGGAGAAAGUGGCGGCUGCGAAGCAGUACAUCGAGAAUCACUACCGAGCUCAGAACAAGAACAUUCAGGAGAGGAAAGAGAGACGGUGGAUCUUGGAAAGAAAGUUAGCAUCUUCUGGAGUGCCGAAGGAGGAGCAGAUCAACAUGAUUAAAGAUCUGGAGAGAAAGGAGACAGAAUUUAUGAGGCUUAAAAGGAACAAGAUAAGUGUUGAUGACUUUGAGCUAUUGACAAUCAUCGGAAGAGGUGCUUUUGGUGAGGUUCGCUUAUGUCGAGAGAGAAAGUCUGGAAAUAUUUAUGCUAUGAAGAAGUUAAAGAAAUCUGAAAUGGUCAUGAGAGGACAGGUGGAACAUGUCAGAGCAGAGAGAAACCUGCUGGCUGAGGUUGCAAGCCAUUAUAUAGUGAAACUCUACUACUCAUUUCAGGAUGCUGAGUAUUUAUAUCUGAUUAUGGAAUAUCUCCCUGGUGGUGAUAUGAUGACUUUGCUAAUGAGGGAGGAUACAUUACGAGAAGAUGUUGCCAGAUUUUAUAUUGCUCAAAGUGUCCUGGCCAUUGAAUCCAUACACAGAUACAACUACAUUCACAGGGAUAUCAAACCUGACAACCUUCUUUUGGAUAAAGAUGGACACAUGAAACUCUCGGACUUUGGGCUUUGUAAGCCUCUUGAUUGUAGAACUUUACCUUCAAUUCAGGAGAAUAGGGCCACCGAUGAUGAAGCUAUUACAGAACCUAUGGAUGUUGAUGGAUGUUUUCCCGACACUGUUAACAAAAGAAGCUGGCGCAGUCCCCAGGAACAACUUCAGCAUUGGCAAAUGAAUCGCAGAAAACUAGCAUUUUCGACUGUGGGAACACCCGACUAUAUUGCUCCUGAAGUUUUGUUGAAGAAAGGAUAUGGCAUGGAAUGUGAUUGGUGGUCAUUAGGUGCAAUUAUGUACGAAAUGCUCGUUGGGUAUCCUCCUUUUUAUGCAGAUGACCCAAUAUCGACAUGCAGAAAGAUCGUCCAUUGGAGAAAUCAUUUGAAGUUUCCUGAGGAUGCUAAGUUGUCAUCCGAGGCAAAAGAUCUUGUCUGCAGAUUGCUGUGCAACGUUGACCAUAGACUUGGCACUGGAGGAGGAGCCCAGCAAAUCAAGGAACAUCCUUGGUUCAAGGAUGUUGUGUGGGAGAAGCUCUAUGAAAUGGAGGCUGCUUACAAACCAGAAGUGAAUGACGAACUUGACACACAAAACUUUAUGAAGUUUGAUGAAGUGAAUUCUCCUGCACCUGAAAGAACUAGAUCGGGUACCUCCAGGAAGCAUAUUGCUCCCAAGGAUUUAAGUUUUGUUGGCUACACAUACAAGAACUUUGAUGCUGUAAAAGGGCUGCGUCAUUCACUUGAGAUGGCAAGAACAAUGUCUCUGGAUCGAUCACCAGAUGAGGUGAUGCCUGUGGAGCGGAUAACCGGGGAAACAGCAGAGGCACAGAUGGUGUCGUCGAUGGAUGAUCCAAUGAUAAUUUGA